AUGGCCGCGUUAGGGAGAAUAGGUACGCGCCCUGCACGAGUGUUAUCGGUGGCUCAACUGUUUGCCGAGGAGUCCCAACCAAGGCUGAAGAGAGCCAGAAUGAACUUUCAUCCCGUUUUGAGUUUUUCAGAGGAAGACAAGAUCGGGACCAUUCAGCCCCACGACGAUGCGCUGCUAAUCACCCUUAGAAUUGGGGACUACGAUGUGAAAAGAGUAAUGGUAGAUUGCGGCAGCGCGGCCGAGGUUAUGUACCCUGACCUCUACAAGGGGCUGGGGUUAAAACUAGAGGAUUUGAUGCCUUACAACUCCCCUCUGAUGAGCUUCAACGGAAAGCUUGUCAUCCCAAUGGGCAUGAUUAGACUGCCUAUUCAGACCGGCCCAGAGAUAGUGGAGGUGAACUUCAUCAUGGUGGACACCUACUCCCCCUAUACAGCCAUCGUCGGUAGGCCUUGGCUCUACACCUUAGGAGCUGUUGCUUCCUCAUUGCACCAGAAGGAGAAGGAGGAGCUGCUUGAGUUCCUUAAAAGAAAUAUUGACGUGUUUGCAUGGGAUGCCUGCGAUGCCCCUGGAAUCGACCCAGCCUUCAUUUGCCAUUACCUCAAUGUCAAUCCGGCCAUCACUCCUAAGAAGCAACCACCCCAUCGCUCGUCAAAAGAGCAUGCCGAUGUGAUUAGGGACGAAGUGGUGAAGUUUAAGCGUGCUGGGGCUAUUAAAGAAGUCUUCUACCCCGAAUGGUUGGCCAACAUUGUGGUGGUCAAGAAGAAAAGUGAGAAAUGA